AUGCCAGAUCUUCCUUUUUGUAUAAACCACUGUUCCGGUUGUCUUGCAUUGACGUGCGAUGCUGUUGAAUGUUUCGUUACUGACUGUCCGAACAGUUGUGGGAUGCGUAUGCAUUCGUGCAAGGUUGAUGACCACUUGGAUCAAAUAUGUCCCAAGACCAUAGUCCCAUGUAUUAACAAAGAAGUCGGUUGUCCACACCUAUUAUGUCGCGAGGACAAGUCAUUUCAUUUACUCAAUUGUCCUGCUAGUGUUGUAAGCUGUAAUGCUCGAUGCCCCUUGCUUUUCAGGCAAACACAGAAAAAAUCUACUUCUCCAGUAACCUGUACUGUGAAUCCGAUUAUUCAUUAUGCUUCUUGUAAUUCAUAUGUUUACCGACCAAUUAAUUCACCUCUGUUGGGGGUCGAUUUUGAUACCAAUCAGCGAACUUUUACAAAUCAGACUGAUGGACAUAUAACCAAUGUAUUAAAAUUGAUUAAUGAGGAACAAGUUGAUAAAACACUAAGCAGCGGUUUUGUAGAAUCACCAUUAUCAUCCUACAUGUGCGACCAUCCAGGAUAUAUUUGUGGUUGUACAGUUCAAAGAACAAAUUAUGGAUCACACUAUCAGUUGCAUAGUAAUGUACAAGCGCAAUUAGACGGAUGGAUUGAACUUCGUUGUCCAUUGUCUUUUUUAGGUUGUAAAUAUGCUGUAGUUAAUCUUCGUCCUAAUAGUGAAUAUAAUCAUUUAUUGUAUAAUCCAACUCUUGCUACAUUUACAACGCGGUAUGAAUCAGAAACUAAUCAACAUAACAUACUUACUCAUCAUUCAGAAUUAACAAAUAGUGAAUGUUUUAAUUUUGAUCAGUUGCCUGCAGAACUUUUAAUUUAUUUAUCUUUUUUCUUAGAUGACAUGUCUUUACUUUGUUUAUCUAAAGUUUCUAACCGAUUAUCUACCGUAUAUAAAAAUAUUAUUUGUGCAAGGUUAAUUGUCACACCACAAUGGGAUAAAGUUCAUCACAGAUCAUCAGAUUUAUUCUCUUGGCGUAUUACAGGAUUUUUGUGGUCUUUUCCACAUCGUGCUGAAUCUAUCAAAGGAUGGAGAUCUGCACAUGGUGCAUCAGCUAGAUCAAAGAUUUCAGCUCAUUUAACCAGUUGUCAUUAUAACGACAAAACCAUACGUGUAUUUCCAUUCUGUUAUUUGGAAUGAAUAAUAACUUGGAUAACAAAAUAAUAGCUUUAUUAGCAUGGCAUCUUUAACUCUAUCUACUUCCUUACUACCAUAAUAGGUAGUACAAUCGCUCAUUUGUGAAAUAUCUAAAGUAAUACUACACAAUUAUACAUAACCAAACUAGAUUACUUCUAAUCAUUCUAAUGUCUUAUGCUGUCUUCUUUCUGAAAUCGUACUAAAAUAACCAUCAACUAUCCUAUUCAAUAUUAAACUACUUUAGAUAAAUAAGUGAUUCUCUUAAGUACUAUCUACUUUCCAACACACACAUAGCAUGUCAUUAUUAUGUGAUGAUGAGCAGUAUAAGACUUCACGUUUUUUGAAAAAUCAUUGACUUAUAGAUAUUUUCAUCGAACUAUUUUUUUGUUUCACUUCUGUUGUAUUACGUACAAUAAAGUACCUGUAUAAAUCCUUGUAUGUAUAUACAUAUUUAUUUGCACGUAUAGAAUGUAAUAUAUCAUUCAUUAUCCAAAGUUAUUUACCUGGAAA